CGAGGCACCUGUACGUCACAUAGCGGACAGUUCCUGUUGUUAGCGUUGACUCAUUUCAUUGAUGUGGACGUUGAGGACGAGAUCUUCCGGUGCUUCACGUGUUUAUACAAUUUCCCGGUCCGACGCGCUGUGAACCCGACCUCUGCCUCGUCGUCCAACGUUCACAGAUCGCCACACAUUUCACUCAAAUGGGAAUAUUGUGAACAAUUGUAUCAUUACUUCGCGCCCGAAGAACUUCCCGAGUAUGACAGUCUCGUCCGACAGACUGGCAUCACUCAAGACAUCGAGGGUUUAUUGCUUCGGAUAUUAGAGUUAGUGCCGCAACACUUGCAGCCCAACAACAGAACCGAUACAAUCACUAAAUACAUUGAUAGCGGAGAGACAAUCCCCGACGACUAUAGCAAAGAGACGACACAUAUAACAGAAACCAUUUACUAUUUAUUGGCUGAUUAUUACUUCAAGAAUAAGGAGUUUAACAAAGCGCGUGAGUUUUAUAUCUUGGAUUUGACUCUAAACGUGAAUCGGUUUGACUCGUGGGCGGCGUCGGCGCUCACGCGUACCUUCGAAGUGGACCAACAGUUAAUAUCCGGUGAAAACAUUGAACUAUCGUUAUUUGAGUUAACAAUGACUGGUCAGCGGUGUUUCCAACGGGCGCUGCUGUUGGAGCCGACGGCCAGCAAACUAUGGAUAGAGUUCGGACACUUCGUGUACAACAUAUCGAGCACUGCUCUCCGAAUGCGAAAGAUAUCGCUAUUUAAUCCACAGAUGGAGUUGAAUAUA